UCUCACAUGCUACUCUUUCACACUCUCUCCAUCUCUAUUUGCUUCUUACUUACAGGCACAGUGGUCAUGCUUCAUUCUCUCUCUCUUUCUUUCUCUCUCUCUCCCUCUCUCUCUCUCUCUCUCCUUCGCUUGUCUGCUUUCGUUUACAUAUUUCUUCAUCAAACUGACUGUUUUUAGUGCAAGUCAAACCGCAUUCGCCUGUUUUGGGUGAGGGGACAUUUGGAUGCGGGACACAGCGUGUUUUUGCGGUGAUCUCACCUCACGGCUCACUACCUCGCGGAGGGGUAUUGGAAAGGGGGUCCUGCUCCAUCCUGGAGUUUCAAGGAUCUAUCGAUUAUCCUGUUUGCUGCCUGCCGAGUGUUUUGCCGGAGCCCUGGAGUCUGUUAGCUGUGCAUAGCUGUGCAUCCCCUGCGGUGCACGCUGACUGCUUUUAUAGUUUUGGAGGUCGAAGAAAUCCCCUCUCUGCCCAUCCUGAGGACGAACACAGCAGAGGGUCAGCGGAGGACAGAAAGGAUAAAAAAGAAGAGUGAAGAGCGAGGUAGCAUCACUAUUAUUAUUAUUAUUAUUUGCUUGAAGAUCAGCUAACUCUUGAGAGAGAGUUUUAAAGCAAGACCUCUGGUUCAUUGAAGGUGACUCUUUCACUUUUGAGAUCUGAUCAAGAUCCCUUGGAACUUCCGGGAUAAGCGGUGUAAUUAUAAUCCUGAUUUUCAAAGCCAGUUGUUUCACAGCCCAGAACCAUGCAGGUGUCAUUCGCAUGUACGGAUCACGGACUAAAGGCCCCGCGCCCCAGCGAGCCGAACAAGCAGAACACAUCGAGUCCGAACACGGCCAGUGCGGCACGGGCACGUUUUCGCACAGUGGCGCUGAUCGCCCGCAGUCUGGGCACUUUCACGCACAGACACCACAUUUCCCUGAAAGAGUCCACCGGAAAACUCACAGGAAUGAAGUACAGGAACCUUGGGAAGUCAGGAUUGCGAGUGUCAUGUCUUGGACUUGGCACGUGGGUGACAUUUGGAGGGCAGAUUUCAGACGAGGUGGCAGAGCAGCUGAUGACUAUAGCUUAUGAAAAUGGCGUCAACCUCUUCGAUACUGCAGAGGUCUAUUCGGCAGGAAAAGCAGAAGUAAUCCUAGGAAACAUUAUCAAGAAGAAGUGUUGGAGGAGAUCCAGUCUGGUCAUUACCACCAAACUGUACUGGGGAGGAAAGGCAGAAACAGAGCGUGGACUCUCAAGAAAGCACAUUAUAGAAGGUCUAAAGGGAUCUUUGCAGAGGUUACAGCUGGAGUAUGUGGACGUAGUUUUUGCUAAUCGUCCUGACAGUAACACACCUAUGGAGGAGAUAGUGAGAGCAAUGACUCAUGUUAUAAACCACGGUAUGUCCAUGUACUGGGGAACAUCACGCUGGUCAGCGAUGGAGAUCAUGGAGGCGUACUCUGUAGCAAGGCAGUUUAAUCUUAUUCCUCCUGUGUGUGAACAGGCAGAGUAUCAUUUAUUCCAGAGGGAUAAAGUAGAGAUGCAGCUGCCUGAGCUUUACCAUAAAAUAGGGGUUGGUGUUGUAUCAUGGUCUCCGCUGGCCUGUGGUAUCAUCACAGGGAAGUAUGAGAACGGCAUCCCAGAAUCCUCCAGGGCAUCUCUGAAGUCGUACCAGUGGCUGAAGGAGAAGAUUUUGAGUGAUGAUGGCAGAAAGCAGCAGGCAAAGCUCAAGGAAUUGACCCACAUUGCUGAAAAGCUCAGCUGUACGCUGCCACAGCUUGCCAUCGCCUGGUGCCUUCGUAACGAAGGAGUUAGCUCGGUUCUCCUUGGGACCUCCAACCCUGCACAACUCACUGAAAACUUGGGUGCAAUUCAGGUUCUUCCAAAGAUCACCCCUAACGUGGCCUCGGACAUCGACAAACUUCUGGGUAAUCGUCCCCACAGUAAGAAAGACUACCAUCAUUAGGCCUUUCUGUGAAUCCGUAUGCCUUGCGACUCAGGAUCACGCGCCAGCCCUCUUGUGUCAGCGGGUGUCCCACCAUCGUGUGUCUAUCUGAACCUCUUCUUCAGAGAUCCAUCGUUGCUGUUACCGUAGAAAUGCUAAAGUGUUAUGCAUGCUUCUGUUCAACCCAGACCUGAGCUCAAUCUUGUGUAAAGAUCUCUGUGUAGACACACCUAAAAAAGUGAAGCACAGAAGCGACUGGACACCUUGGUCCGUGAAAUUAUGCAUUCAGAUAUUCAUCACCCUUACGUGCCAAAGCAAACCCUGGUCUUGACCUUUGACUUCUGGACAUGCAAUCUGAAAAGGACAGAGGUAAAGGGGUAAAAUGACGGACUCUUAUAAACAGUAUAUGUGAGCGAUGUGGAAGUGCUUUUUAUUAAGGCACUCGGCUCUCGGUGCAAGCAUAAAACUUUAAGGAGUUGUAAAAGUGGAGUUGAAGUAUAGUGUCGCUUCGAUUCGCUCUCAUACUUUGUUUAUAUUGGUCCUGCUUACUUUAAAAGUCAGUUGACGUGAGGUAAAAGAAAUAAUUUGCAUAUCAUGCUGAGAAUGUAAAAAUGAAAAACUGUGAUGUAUGAUAGCGCAGCAUGUAGAGUUGCGUGCAAGCUGUGUGGAUUGGUGAAGAAAAACGUGUUGGAGUUAAAGCCAUCAGCAGCAUAUUCAGCUGUUACUGUGUUACAUGUUCUGCAUUUUGUCUCAAACGUCUCUCAAAGAGCACAAUACUGUGUAUGUAAUCCCUGAUAUUUGCGAUGUGUAAUUUGUUCCAUGAUUUUAUUUUAUUCCCACUGGUCUUGAUGAAUAUUAUAAGUAACAUAGUUUGUAUUAUGCUUUUUUUAGUGAUACAAGCGUUUUACUGUAUUCAGUGACACUGGUUAAAGACAUGCUUGCUGCUGUAUUUGUAUUUCAACUGCUAAGCAGUAAAUACAAAGGGUGAUAGUUAUCCAGUCCAAUAGAGAUGAGGUCAAAAUGUUUACAAACUUGAAAAUGAGGCUGUUAUUUAUUGCAUUGUGCAGAGUGCUUUAACAUCGAAAUAAAAUGUGCAUCUCA